UCCUGGAAGGUCACAGGGUGGGUGAAAAUGGGUUAGAAAGGUCCUGGAAGGUCAAAGAAUGGGUCAAAAUGGGUGAGCAAAGUUCUGGAAGGUCACAGAAUGGGUCGAAAUCGGGUUGGGAAGGUCCUGGAAGGUCAUAGGAUGGGUUGAACAGGGUUGGGAAGGUCCUGGAAGGUUAAAGAAUGGGUUGAACCGGGUUGAGAAGGUCCUGGAAGGUCACAGAAUGGGUCAGAUUGGGUUGGAAAAGUCCUGGGAGGUCACAGAAUGGAUCGAACCUGGUUGGGAAGGUCCUGGAAGGUCACAGAAUGGGUCAGAAUGGGUUUGCAAAGUCCUAGAAGGUGACAGAAUGGGUGGAAUUGAGUUGGGAAGGUCCUGGAAGAUCACAGAAUGGGUCGGAUUGGGUUGGAAAGGUCCUGGAAGAUCACAGAAUGGCACGGUGGAUCCAUUUCCCCCCCCCAGGGCGGCUGCUGAAGUGCCUGAAGGGGGUGGGGGGCAGCGUGCGGGGGCUGCAGUGUCACCCCUCGCUGCCCCUCGUCGCCUCCUGCGGCCUCGAUCGCUUCCUGCGCCUCCACAGCCUCCACGACAAACGGCUGCUGCACAAGGUGUACCUGAAGUCACGCUUGAACUGCCUUCUGUUGAGCAGCUGCCAGGACCUGGAGGUGAGAAAGUGGGGGGAGGGAGUAAGGGGGGGGUCCUCGGCGUCCACCGAAAUGGAGUGACCCCAAAUCAGCCCGAAUUUAUCCCAAGUCAUCGCCCCAAAUCGGCUCGUGUCACUCCAGUUGUCUUGGAAGGGUCCUUGAAGGUCAUAGGGUGGGUUGGGUUGAGUUGGAAAGGUCCUUGAAGGUUGC